CUACGGAUGCGCAUUCUCAUCCAUUCUAGUCUUUCUCGAGUCCCGACAUCUACAAGAUCCAGAGCUCUCCCCAGCAGUCCCUUCUUUGAGCAAAAGUUACAACUUCUAUUCAGAGCAUUCGAUUCCGGGUAUUUGAGAUCAAGUGAAAAAAUUAUCAACUUUUGGGAAAAAUUUUGGAGAUGGAAGACAAAUCUGAACUCAUUAUAGAUGGAGAAGAAAGGAUCAGAAAGGAAGAAUUCCAUGUCAAAGAGAAGACCAAGAAUAUGGAACCAAAUGAUGUGGUGGAUGAGAAGACUGAGACGGAACUUGAAUUGAAGACCAAAUCAGUCAAGAAAGAAAAGCCAAAACACGAGAAACAUAAAGGGGAAGAUGAAGAGAAAACUAAGAAAAAGGAGAAAGAGAAAAAGGAAAGAGAGUCAAAUCAGAAGGUAAAGGAGUACGAGAAGAAAAAUGAUGAAGAUGGAGAGCAGACACACAAAGAGAAAGAUGAGGAAGAAAAGAAAAAGGGAAAGAAGGGGGAGAAAGAUUCUAGGACCAACAAAGAUGAUGAAGCUGGAGAAGAGAAGAAGAAAGAGAAAAAAAAUAAGAAAGACAAAGAAAAAGAAGAGAAGGGGGAAAAUGAUGGGGACUCAGGGGAUAAGGAAGAUGACAGAGAAAGGGGAAAAUCAGAUAAAAAGAAAAAUAAAAAGGAGAAGCACCAAGAUGAUGACCUGAAGCAAGAGGAAAAGAAGAUCAAGGAAGGAAAAGAUAAAAAAUUGAUUGUCAAGGAAGAUGAUAAACCUACUGGUAAAGUGGGGGAUCAGAGGCUUGAGGAGAAGGUGGAGCAGGAGAAGAAGCAUAAAGAUGGCGAACACAAGGAGAAAGGUGAAAAGAAGAUCAAGGAAGGAAAGGAUAAAAAAUUGAGUGUCAAGGAAGAUGAUAAACCUGCUGGGAAAGUGGGGGAUCAGAGGCUUGAGGAGAAGGUGGAGCAGGAGAAGAAGCCUAAAGAUGGUGAACACAAGGAGAAAGGUGAAACGAAGAAAGAUGAAAAAGAUACGAAGGGAAGAGAGAAAAAGGCAAAAAACAAAGGGGACCUAGAUGGAAAGUCCAAAGAUGAAAUUGAUAGAGAGAAGGAUACAGAAAAAGAUGAUGAUGACAAGGAGAAAGGAGGGAAGAAGAAGGAGAAAGAGAAGCACCACAAGGAUGAAGCAGAUGAUGAAGGGAAGAAGAAGAAAGAAAAGAAAGACAAGAAGGAGAAAGAGAGGAAACACAAGGAUGCUGUAGAUGAGGGCAAGUGUCAGCCUGAAGUUACAUCCAGGGAAAUUGAAAUUAAAGAAAACGUCAAAGAAUCAGAGGGGAAAGGAGAGGAAGGUGAUCAAAUGGAGAAGGUGAAGGUAGGUAAAGAGGAGAAAAGUGAAAAGAAGGAAAAAGGUGAGAAGAAAAGAAAACUUGACGGGAAGGAUAAGAGCAAGCCUCUUGGCAAGCUAAAGCAGAAGUUGGAAAAGAUUAAUGGUAAAAUAGAAGCCUAUCUUGAGGAGAAGGCAGAGAUCAUGAGGCAGAUAAGAGAACUUGAACAAGCUGAACAUGAGAGUAAGCAGGGCUGAGAGGGCAAUAGAUAUGGAUAAGGCUCCUACCAGUUCAGCGUAGCAGUGUAUGUAUCAAAUUGCUGCGCUGUUCAUAUCAUGUAAUAUACUACUUGAGCCAUAAAUCUUUUGCUUGUUUUGUGAAUAAUACACCUUUCUACUUCUUGUGGCAACUAAAUAUGUCCUUAAAUAUAGUUUUUUUUUUUAAA